UAAUUUUUUCUUAUUCCUACAAAAAGCUCUCACCUUUAUCUUCUUCCUUUUUUUCAGUUAUACUAACAAAAAAAAACAAAACAAAAACAUACCACCCUGUACUCAUCAUAAUAAUAUACUAAUCUUCUUCACAGAUCCCAAUUCCAAAUCCUUUAAUUUAUGGUAUUUGAUUUGAUUAUAUUGUUCGGAUUAACUACGAAGAAGAAGAAGAAGGAGUAUUGAGGAUGUCUGGGUUAUGGAGAUGGAGAAAUGUAAAAUAUACUGCAUUUAGGAAUAUGAUUUUUCGAAACCAGCAACAACAGCAGCAGCAUCGGAAUUUGCAGCAUCGAAAUUUGCAGUAUCGGAAUUUGGUGAAUUGGUUACAUGUGAAGCGGAGAGAGACUAUAAUUGGGGUGCAAGAAAGGUAUAAAUGGGACCGUGGUGGUGGUGGUGGUUCUUCCGAUGAGUAUAGAACUGCUCCGAGAAGGAUUAGGGCGGAAGCUUAUUGUCCUCGUUGUUCUAAGCAUAUGGAUCUUCUUUUCUCUAAUCGAAAUCAUCAACUCAUUCCUCCUCCUCCUUCUAAUGAUGAUGAUGAUAACAGUAAUAGUAGUAAUAGUAAUAAUAAUAGUACUGAUUCGAAAGGUGAAGCAGGUUCAGGUCCUUAUCAGGCUGUGAAUCUUUGCCCUAAUUGUAAAACGGCUUAUUAUUUUAGACCGUAUAAGAUGGCGCCACUUCAAGGUAGUUUUUUUGAGAUUGGAAGGAUGAAAGGGAAUGGGAAUGGUAAGAGAGUGAAUAAUGAUGAAGAUAAUGGGAAGAGACAGAAGCCGUCUUUUUGGGAGUCGUUGAAAUCGUAUGGUGGUGAGCCUCCUGAAAAUUGGACACCACCUGGUAAUGGGCUGGCUGUGCAUACACCUCCAGGUCCACCAUUUGCUCCUGGACUUAAUCUGAUACGGGCUAAUGGAACUGAAGGGAAAAAUGGGGGUGGUAAAGAUGAGGGUAGUGAUGAGAAGAGUGGGUGGGGUGGGUCUAAUUUGGGGAAGAAUCUGCCAACACCAAAAGAGAUCUGUAAGGGACUUGAUACGUUUGUUAUAGGUCAAGAGCGUGCCAAGAAGGUGCUUUCGGUGGGUGUUUAUAAUCACUACAAAAGGAUUUACCAUGCUUCAUUGCAGAAAGGGUCUGGAGCAGAAUCGCCGAAGGACGAUAAUGAAGAAAAUGUGGAAUUGGAAAAAAGCAAUGUGCUUUUGAUGGGGCCUACCGGAUCAGGGAAAACACUACUUGCAAAAACGCUUGCACGUUUUGUGAAUGUGCCUUUUGUUAUUGCAGAUGCAACAACCUUAACGCAGGCUGGAUACGUUGGUGAAGAUGUCGAAUCCAUAUUGUACAAGUUACUUUCGGUUGCUGAAUUUAAUGUGCAAGCAGCACAACAAGGGAUGAUCUACAUUGAUGAAGUUGAUAAGAUAACAAAAAAGGCCGAGAGUUUAAACGUUAGCAGAGAUGUUUCUGGGGAAGGAGUUCAGCAGGCACUACUGAAAAUGCUAGAAGGAACUAUCGUGAGUGUACCUGAAAAGGGGGCAAGGAAGCAUCCUCGUGGUGAGAAUAUUCAGAUAGAUACAAAAGACAUUCUUUUCAUCUGUGGUGGCGCAUUCAUUGAUUUGGAGAAGACUAUUUCCGAGAGACGACAGGAUUCUUCUAUCGGUUUUGGAGCUCCAGUUCGUGCUAACAUGAGAACUGGGGGAAUAACAAAUGCAACUAUAACAUCAUCCUUGCUAGAAUCUGCAGAAAGUAGUGAUUUUAUUACAUACGGCCUCAUACCAGAGUUUAUUGGGCGUUUUCCUAUAUUAGUUAGUUUAUCUGCGCUGACUGAGGACCAGCUUGUUCAGGUCCUCACUGAACCCAAAAAUGCUCUUUGCAAACAAUAUAAAAAGCUAUUUAGCAUGAACAAUACUAAGCUACAUUUUACGGAGGGAGCCUUAAGGUUGAUUGCCAAGAAAGCAAUGGUCAAAAAUACUGGUGCUAGGGGAUUGAGAGCCUUGCUUGAAAGCAUCUUAACUGAUGCUAUGUAUGAGAUUCCUGAUGUCAAAUAUGGAGAUGAUAGAGUAGAUGCUAUUGUGGUUGAUGAAGAGUCGGUAGGUGCAGUAAAUGCACGUGGAUGUGGUGGGAAAGUACUUCGGGGAGAUGGUGCUCUGCAACGGUAUCUUGCUCAAGCAGACUUGGUAGAUCAAAGAGAAAAUGAUGGUGCAGCCGAAACUGAGGUGCAGGAGGGUGAGUCUGAAGUCUCGUCGAGAGCAAUAAGCAUGUAAGAUUAUUAGAACCAGAGUAUUAGGAUUUCAUACAUGGUUAAAAUUCCAUUUGUUGUAAAAUGUAAAUUCAUAAUACAGGGUGUUGAUCCCCUUGUAAAACAACAUAGCAAUCUGCUUCCAGCAAAGUCAUAGAAAAUAGAAUACGGUAUACGAGGAAAAUGUAACCAUUCUAAUUUAUAGGCAGCAGGCAGCAAGCUGUGUACCGAUUCUUUGCAAUGAGAAAACUUUGAUUCUUCAUA